UCACAUUCAGAUCUACUUAGCUUCAAAAGCUUACUUCAAUUCUUCCAGUAGAUCAUCACCCUCACCUUGGCUAAGUAAAAUCCCUAAGAAGAAAAAACAUGGCAGACACUACUAACCCACAGCAACAGCAGUUCCAUGGAGAACUUUCACACGCAGAGACCCAAACCACAAGCAAUACCUAUUCCAAAAGAGGGGGUUGGAUUACCUUCCCCUUCAUCACAGCUGCGGUGAUAGGUCUAACGCUGGCAUCUGCGGGGUGGUUAUCAAACCUGAUCGUCUAUUUGAUCGAAGAGUUCAAUGUGAAGAGCGUCGACGCCGCCCAGAUCUCUAACGUCGUCAGCGGUUGCACUAGUCUCUUCCCCAUCGCCGGUGCCGUUCUCGCCGACUCCUUAUUCGGCUGUUUCUCCGUCAUCACCUUCUCUUCUAUUGUCUCUCUUCUGGGUAUACUUCUGUUAACUCUAACGGCGACGAUGCACUCCCUAAGACCUUCUUCACAGGGGGAAACACCGUCAAGGCUUCAACUGGGGGUCCUAUACAGUGCUUUAACUCUGGGGUCCAUAGGAGUUGGUGGCACGCGCUUCACCAUAGCAACGAUGGGUGCGGAUCAGUUCGACAAGCCAAAGGAUCAGGGGGUCUUCUUUAACUGGUUUUUCUUCACUCUCUACGUCUCUUCUGUUAUCAAUUUCACGGCCAUCGUCUAUGUAGAGGACAACGUUGGAUGGGGUUGGGGGUUUGGGUUAGCCACCGGCGCUAACGCCGUCGCCUUGGCAGUUUUCUUGACCGGGAAACGGUACUAUCGAAGUGUGAAGCCACCAAAGGGAAGCCCUUUCAUAAGCUUGGCUAGGGUUGUGGUCGCAACCAUUCGGAAGCUGAAGUUAGAAGUACCAUUAAUGGUGUCUUAUUCCCAAACCCAAAGCCUGCAGGAUUCUACUUCUUAUUACUACGGCAAGACUGAGGUUGAAAAGUUGACUUCUUCAGCUCCCACUCCAAGUUUCAGAUUCCUGAACCGUGCAGCUAUACAAACCGAAGGUGACACCCGACCGGACGGUUCAAUAGCAAAGCCGUGGAGGCUAUGCACGGUGGACCAAGUCGAAGACCUCAAAAACCUACUCCGACUCUUCCCGCUCUGGUCUACUGGCAUCUUCUUGAACGCACCAAUCGGAAUCCAGAUCAGCCUCACGGUCCUCCAAGCCCUCACCAUGGAUCGCCAUCUUGGGCCCCACUUCCAAAUCCCUGCUGGCUCCUUCUACGUCUUCGCUCUCUUAUCCACAUCCAUCUCCAUCUCCUUCAUCGAUCGUUUCCUCCCCACCACGUGGCACAAGUUGACCGGUCGUUCACCAACUCCACUCCAACGAAUAGGGCUCGGCCAUGUCCUCAACAUCAUGGCCAUGGCAGGGUCUGCCCUCGUGGAGUCGAGGAGGCUCCACGUCGUCCGGUCCCACCAUCUCGAGGACCAGACCGGACCAACCGUCCUACCGAUGUCAGCAUUGUGGUUGGCAUUACCAUUACUCAUCGUCGGCGCCGGCGAAGCCUUACACUUCCCAGGACAGGUUUCUUUAUACUAUCAAGAAUUUCCGGUGCCACUGCGAAGCACGGCGACAGCUAUGAUUGCACUGAUCAUCGGGAUCGGAUUUUAUCUGAGCACGGCGGUGAUCGAUUUGGUACGGAGGAUCACCGGUUGGUUGCCGGAUAAUAUCAACCGAGGGAGGAUGGAUUGCGUGUACUGGAUGUUGGUGGUGAUAGGAGUGGCCAACUUUGGCUAUUACCUAACGUGUGCAAGGUUGUACAAGUACCAAAAUAUUGACAAUUCUAGGUCAGAGUCUCAUGAGGACCAAGAGUGAUGGAUCAUGCAUGGAU